UCUGCAAGGUGAAGAGUGGAAAAAAAAAAAAAAAAAAGGGAGGGGCGGAAAAUGUUCUGAUCACAUGGCCACGAAGUCAUUCUGCAAGUAUGCUGGCGGGAUGCUACCCACAGAAAUAAAAACGGCUUUCUGAACUGUGAGCAUCCAUGCUAUGGGCGAGUAGUCAUCUUUUUGUCAGUGCGCUUGGCUUUCACUCAACCAGCAGCAGCCGUCGAGCUGGGAGAGACAAACAGGAGACCAGCAAGUGACGACAACAAAAAUGUCAAAUGAGAGCACCACACCAUGGCUGUCCAACAGCUCAGCCCUCGCUGUCAACGCAUGCACAGUGUCGCCAACAGUUGUGCUGGAGCUGACUGCGACCAGUGACAUCAUCUCCACAGCCAACCGUGUGUACGAUUUCUGUGCCACCGUGGGCUUUGUCGCAGGCUGCUUCCUGCUCUACAGCUUUGUGCAAACUUACAGAGCACAGAGGCGUCUGGCCUGGCUCAACCGCCUGCUGUGGUCCUUCUGUGGCUUUCAGCUGCUACUGCUCUCUCUCUCCAUCGUGGUGGACACACCUCCCAGCCUGAAGACCAGCAUUUUGGGCUGCGCCGCACUCUCCUUUACCAUCAACACUACCUACCUCUGCGGCCUGUUUGUUUUAGUGCUGAUGGCUUAUGUUCUAGCCCUCGAUCCGCCGUCCAACGCCCUACUGAGGAGGCCUGGUGUCUGUGUGGCUCUGGUGGGCCUGACCUCUGCUCUGACCUCCCUGCUGCUGGCGGCCAUCCGAGGACCCAAAGACGAACUUUACCAGGAGACGGAGUGCUUUAUGGAUCCAGUCCAAGCUGGCGUUUCCUAUGCUUUAGCUAAGUUAUGCCUAUCUUUUCUCCUUCCUUACAUUCUUAAAUUGGGACUUGUGAUUUGUGGCUGUGUGCGGCAAAGCAAAUCAAAUGGCCGAUUUCUCUCCGGUUCCGAAGAGGGUCCGGUGUUCCUGGGGGUGACAGCAGUGUCGCUACUCUGCCAGCUUUUCUACACAGUGUCGCUGGUGAGAGGAGCACAGCUGCAAGCGGACAGCGAGCUGAGCCAUAGGGAGCGCGCGUUUGUGAGCGUGGCCGAGCUGGUCUUCUUUUCUGCGAGCAGCGCCAACCUGAUUCUCGUGCUGUUCACGCAUAAGCCGAGCCGAGAGAGGAUAGGUGGACUGUUCAGGCAGCUGACAGACUGCUGCACGUGUCCUAUGCACACUCAGGCCAACAGAAACAUCAUCACGCCGCACAUCGAGAUCACAGACACCCUGCAGGACAUCGAGUUAUAGAGCUCACUCUUCCAUGACGACUGAACUACUUCUGAAGAAUCUCAGACAAAUUCUGAUAGAACCUUAGCAGCAACAACUGCAAUCAAGCGUUUGUGAUAACUUGCAAUGAGUCUCUUACAGCGCUGUGGAGGAAUUACUGUCAAGAAAACGCUUGAUUGCAGUUGUUGCUGCUAAGGGUGGCCCAACCAGUUUUUAGGUUUAGGGGACCAUCACUUUUUCACACAGGGCCAUGUAGGUUUGUUUUUUUUCCAUCCAUCCAUUUUCUAUGCCGCUUAGCUGACUUUGAGCGAGUGGUGGGACUGGUCGCCAGCCAAUGGCAGGGCACAUAUAGACAAAUCAUUCACACUCACAUUCAUACCUAUGGACAAUUUAGAGUCUCCAAUUAACCUAACAUGCAUGUUUUUGGAAUGUGGGAGGAAACCGGAGUUCCUGGAGAAAACCCACGCAUGAAUGCAAACUACACACAGAGAUGCCCAAGUGGAGAUUCUAACCCAGGUCUUCCCGAUGUCAUGACUGUGUGGCCAACAGGCUAACCACUCGGCAACUGUGCGGCUUUUUUUUCUCCUCCCUUAGUUUCAUUUAAAAACUGCAUUUUGUGUUCAGUUGUGUUGUCAUUGACUAAUAUUAAUUUUGUUUGAUGAUCUGAAACAUCUAAGUGUGACAAACAAAAAAUAAAACAGGAGGGAGGCUUUUUUACACCACUGUAUAUUAUAUAUACAUACACACACACACGCCUCUCAAUACAUUUGAAUAUUGUGUAAAAGUUGUUUUGACUUCAGGAGUUCAUUUCAGACAAAGAGACCAAUUCAAGUCUCGGCAAGUUUGUACACAGUUUUUUUUUUUUAAUUGGAGUGCAGACCACUAGUUUGCAAAUUUUUAACUUUUUUGACAAUUUGUCACAUUUGAUAAGAUACUGAAUUUGGCAUUAGCUAUACGAUAUAAUUAUCAAAAUUAUGAAUAAAUUAAGAAACGCAUUCUACCAAUAUUUCAGUAGGCGAGUAGUGAAACUAUGGUUUCACUAUUUGAAUUGAACUACUGAAAUAAAUAUAUACUUUGCACCUGUAUCUGUGUAUACACAUUUUUUUUACAACACACAAUCAUAUCCCACAGCUGUACAAAUGAUAUUUACAUAGUUUGUGGUCAACAGUUUAACUCUAAGUCUUACCUGAUUUGUCGUUUCUGUUUGCUGUGUUUUUUGUUUCUUCUUGUGUUUCUUUUCUUUCUUCUUUUGUUUUUCCUCCAUUCCAGUGUUGUCAUCUGGAAUUGAAAUUGGAUCCACCUGGACAAGAAAAAAAGUUGUGUCAGAAACGUACUAGGCAAUGAAGAAGUAGAAGCAGACCGUUCUACUCACCUCUACUUCCAUCUUUUUCCUUUUGGCUCUACUUACUUUAUUUCCUUGCACACAAACGUCAUUGUCAGCUGGAGGCAACGCCUUCCUCUUUGGAGGCUUCUGUUGUGAUUUGUCUUUAGCCAUGAGGUAUUUUAAGUCCUAUCAGAAACAGAGGUACAAAACUAAUUUGCCGUUGAAAUAUGAUUUGCUAUAUUAGUAAUGCGAACAAUGCCAAUGAUCUGAAUUAAACAGAAACAACAUAUUUGCAGCAAUGUUGUACUUUUUUAAGGUCGUGGAUAUGAACGUUAAAAUCAAACAAAGAUGUCUUAUCUGUUAAGUUCUUGUUCAAGUACUUUACCUGCACAAAAUACAGUCGAAAAGCACACGCUGUCUUGCAUACAGGUCAAACCGGAAGUGAUUGCUCCGUCUUCUUCUUUUAGUUCAAUGGCGGGUUGCAACCAUGACUUGAAAAGGUGCAUACUGACACCUACUGUACCAGAGUAUGCAUAUCUUAUUUUAUAUUAAUUCAGAUAAUGAGAGGAAAAUACUAAUGCCACUACUACUAAUAAUAUUAAUAUAAGACUAUAAAAUAUAAGACUAUAAAAAAUAUUCUAAUAAUUAUCUAUAUUCUACUAUACAGUCCUCUGUCCGUCAAUUAAUUGCCUUUACUUCACCUUUACCAGCGGGUAUAUUUAUAAUAUGAAUCCUUCCAAUCCCUACUUUAGAAAUGCUAUAGUUCAUUGAUGGUACAUAGAUUCCCAUCCCCACCUUCCCUUCUUCACUUUUUGAUCCAUCUGUAUAAAUAUCUAAAUAACAGUAAUAUUUGUUUCUUAUAUAUUGACUCGUUUUAGGUCCUUUUUCACCAUCUCCCCACUUACUUUUUUAACUCUAUUAUAUCUAUAUCUACCUCAGGUUUAGGACAUAACCAGAUAGAAACAUUACUUAUGGGUGUAGAAGCGAUAAUAUAUAUAUAUAUAUAUUGUUUAGUUUGUAUUUCUUUAUUUUAUCUUUAAUUAUCCAUCCAAAACUAUCACUUUUAGUUGUAUUAUACUCUCAACAUUCCUGAAUCAUA